UUUUAAACCAGAGAUUCCCAGGUCAGUGACUUACAUUUUUCCUGUUAUUCUAGUGUGCUCUCAUGUUCAGCCUCCUGCAGAAACACUGCUACCUGAUUAACAAACCUUAAAAGGACUCUGAGAACACAUUCAUCAUUUUGUCAGGCUUGACCAAUGAAUUUUAUAAAAUUCCAAGGAUAUUUUGAAAGGGUCCUGCCCAAAUUUCAGUCAAGGAGUGACUCUUAAUAGAAAACAUGUCAUAUGUUUUUACCUGCAACUAAUAUUUUGGUGCUUCAUUAUAUGGCAAAAGUCUGCUUGUGGAGAAAGAAGACUCCUUUUGUUAAGAAAUUUUUUUCACUGGUGGAAAAGGCUGGCAUCCCCUUAUAAUAUGAAGUCCUUUGAGAAAAGCUGGUUAUUUCUGCUGCUGCCUGUCAUGCUAAGAGUGGUGUGUUCCUCCUUUAUCAGUGUGAACCGUGGGGUGAAAGUGAUGAAGGGACAGUCUGUCUUCCUGUUAGAAGAUGACCUCAAGUUUUCCAUCCCCAGAGAGAAGGAUGUCUGCAAAGUUGAAGUUGUGAUUAAUGAGCCAAUAACGCAGAGAGUUGGAAAACUGACUCCACAGGUUUUUGACUGUCACUUCCUUCCUAAUGAAGUCAAAUACACCCACAAUGGCUGUCCAAUUUUAGAUGAAGACAUGGUCAUGCUUAGGCUGUACAGGUUUACAGAAGUGGAAACAUUUGUAGAAACAUUCACCCUUCACGUGCAGUUACUUGAGCCAGACUGUAACAUCAUAAAAAUGCGCUCCCAUGCCCUGGAGGUCCCCGAGUACUAUGGUCUGUCCAGGGUGAUUGACAAGAACAUUCUCACUUUUGAUUAUGACAGGAAGAUAAAUCUGGAUUGCACCAUUUCCAUAAUCUCUUCAGAAACCCACCUGCCUGCACAUGGCCAGCUCACCACCGGGAAAGUGCAGCAAGAGCAGAUUCAUGGAGAUCAGCCACAGAGCUUAUUCCCUGGCACUAAGCACAGCCUGGGCCAGCAGUGCAGAAACGGGAGCUGCAUGCUGGGACUAGGAGCCAUUCACAACAAAAAAAUAAGCUGUGAAGAAUUUCUGAGGAUGGGGAUUCGGUAUCGACACCUUGACCCUCCCUCACCUGACACUGAUUAUAUUCCUGUGAGGCUGGAUCUCACAGACAGCAGAAGCAAAACUCUGCACAAGACUGAGUAUGCGUGGCUCCCUGUUCACAUUAAAGGUGCUGUUCCCAACCAAAUACCCAAAGCUGCCCCAAUGGCAAAGUUCAUCCUCGAAGUAGACCAAUUUAUUUUAACCCCCAUUUCAACCACAACCAUUGAUGCUGAAGACAAUGAAACUCCAAAGUCCCUGCUUGUAUUCAACAUUACCAAGCCACCUCCUCAGGGCUUCAUCACUCACCUGUCUGACCACACAAAACCUGUUGGCUCCUUCACCUGGAGAGAUCUCAGUGACAUGCUCAUUGCUUAUCAGCCUCCAAAUAACAGCCACACAGAGAGGAGGAAUUAUGAGGUGGAGUUUGAGAUUCAUGACUUCUACUUUGAAAGGAGUUUACCAGUCACUGUCCAUCUUUCUAUCAGAACAACAGAUACAAAUGCCCCUCGGGUUUCAUGGAAUACAGGCCUCAACCUCCUAGAGGGCCAGUCACGACCCAUCACAUGGCAACACUUCCAAAUUGUAGACAAUGACGACAUCCAAAAUGUUCACUUGGUCACUGUCGAUGGCUUACAGCAUGGGCGGCUCUCAGUGAGAGGAGGGAAAGGAUUCCUGUUCACAGUCUCUGACAUUCAGGCUGGAGUUGUCCACUACCAUCAUGAUGACAGCGAUUCUACUAAGGACUUUGUGGUAUUUAGAAUUUUUGAUGGCCCCCACAGUAUUCGCCACAAACUUCCAAUCAAUAUCCUCCCUAAAGAUGACAGCCCUCCAUUUCUGAUCAGCAAUAUGGUUAUUGAAGUUCAUGAGGGACAGAGCAUCCUGAUUCAGGGCUCCAUGCUUCAUGCUUCUGACAUGGAUUCCAGUGAUGAUUACAUACUAUUCAAUAUUACCAAGCCAUCACAGGCUGGAGAAAUCAUGAAGAAACCAGGACCAAACAUGAUAGGGUAUUCUGUCAACAGUUUUCUUCAGAGGGAUCUAUUUAAUGGAAUAAUUUAUUAUCAUCAUUUGGGAGGAGAAGUAUUCGAAGAUUCCCUUGAGUUUGUGCUGUGUGACAGCCAUGAUCCUCCCAAUCUCUCAGAGCCACAGGUGUUGAUGGUGCAUGUUAUUCCUGUGGAUGAUCAGCUACCCAGAGAAGCCCCAGAUGUGACCCGUCACCUGGUUGUUAAGGAGACUGAGAUUGCUUACCUAACUAAGAAACAUCUCCACUUCAUAGAUGUGGAAGAGCAAGACAGGGAGCUCACAUACACCAUAACCACUUCCCCAUUUUUCUCUUGCACCCAUAGCUACUCAGAUGCUGGGAAGCUGGUAAUGGUGGACACUCUCCCCAGAUUGGUCAAGGAUCCUGCUGCUCUUGCACUGCAGUCAUUUACUCAGCAUGCUGUGAACUAUAUGAAAGUUGCCUACAUGCCACCACUGCAGGACAUCGGUCCUGAACCUCAGCAAGUCCAGUUUAUUUUUUCCAUCAGCAAUCAGCAUGGAGGUACUUUGUAUGGGAUCUGCUUCAAUAUUACAAUUCUUCCCGUGGACGAUCAAGCUCCAGAGGUUUUGACAAGCCAUUUGAGAGUGGAAGAGGGUGGCCUGGCCCCUGUUACAGAGGGACACAUUCUCAUCUCUGAUGCGGACACAAAACAGGAGCAUCUCCUCCUGCUCCUGCAGAGGCAGCCUCAGCAUGGGGUGGUGGAGCUGGAUGGCAUUCCCAUGAAUGAAGGCAACAACAGGCUUUCCUGUGAGGACCUGCGUACCCUCGCAGUCAGAUAUCGUCAUGAUGGUUCUGAGACUCUCACUGAUGAUGUUCUCUUUGCAGCCACAGAUGGCAUCCACUUUGUUGAGUUCAUCCUGCAGGUCAAGGUGCUGCCUGUGAAUGAUGAGCUACCUGUUAUGCGAACAGGCCUUGUUCCUGUGCUCCACUGCCUGGAGGGUGAAGAAGUGGUCAUCUCCUCAGAGUACAUUUCUGCUACAGACGCAGACAGUGAUGACAUGAAACUGAUGUUUAUGCUGCCUCGCCAGCCCUACCACGGGGUAGUGAGGAAAGCUGGUAUUGCUGUGGAUCAUUUCUCCCAAGCUGAUGUCAUCGCUGGUUUAGUCACGUACAAGCACACUAGUGGGGAGGUUGGCCUGACUCCUUCCAUUGAGAUCUUAACCUUCAUUGUCUCUGAUGGUGAAGCUGGCCUAGAUGUGAAAGACUGCUGUUAUGAUGGACCUCUUCCUCCUCCAGUUUCACGUCAUGAUCCAUUUCCUGUGUAUGACCUUAACAUCACUGUACUUCCAGUGGACAACCAGCCUCCAUCUAUUGCAACUGGUGCAAGUUUUGCAGUGGAGGAGGGCUCCUCCGCAGCCCUUACAACCAACCACUUGUUUGCCACUGACCCUGACACCACUGCAGAUGACUUAGAGUUUGUGUUGGUUUCUCCUCCCCAGUUUGGUUACAUUGAAAAUAUACUGCCUUCUCCUGGCUUUGAGAAGAGCAACACUGGAAUAAGUAUAGCUUCCUUUCAGCUGAAGCACCUGAAAGCCAUGAAUAUAAACUAUGUACAAGCCAGGCAUAUGCAAAUGGAGCCAACAGAGGACAAGUUUGUACUUUAUGUCACUGAUGGGUUGCAUCGCUCAGCAGAGACUCCAUUUUUUGUGCUGAUCACUCCAACCAAUGAUGAAGUCCCUGAAUUCAUAGCCAGGAACAUUAGUGUUCAAGAAGGGCAGAUGAAAGAGCUGGAUCUCUCGGUUAUCAAUGCGGUUGACUUGGAUGUACCUCAAGACCAUUUGGUAUUUAGGGUUGUGCAGAGGCCCUGGUACGGAUUCCUUAUUAAUGGAAUCCAUGGCAAUGAUAUUCUACACUAUAAACAGUUAAUUAACCACAAUCACCACAGCCAUGGGUUGCUUGUUCAUGACUUUUCCAUGGAGCUACUGAAGAAUGGAAUGAAGCUGAUGUACAUGCAUGACAACUCUGAAAACCUCACUGACAGCUUUAAAAUCCAGCUAUCAGAUGGAAAACAUAAAGUCCUCAGAACCAUUUCAGUAAAGGUCAUUCCGGUUAAUGAUGAGAAACCACUGCUGAGCAAGAAGAAUGAUAUAGAGGUGAAUAUAGGUGAAACUCGAAUAAUUUCUAGUGCUGUUCUGUCAGCGGAAGAUAAAGAUACCCCCAGGGACAGAAUUUACUACUUAUUUGAAAGACUUCCAGAAAAUGGUCAGCUUCAGCUCAAGGUAGGAAAAGGCUGGGUGACUCUCCGAACUGGAAUGACAUGCACUCAGGAAGACCUGGAUAUGAACCUUGUGAGAUAUGUCCAUACAGGAGCUGUAGGGUCCAAGAACCAAGACAGCUUCACGUUUUACCUCUGGGAUGGGUACAACAGAUCCCCAGUUGUGGACUUCUACAUAAAUGUCAAGGACAUGGAAAAGGGAGACAUUGCAGUUUUUAUGAAACUCCUCAGAGUGCCAAAAGGAGAUCGCGGCUACAUCACAACCAAUGUCCUCCUUGCACUGGACGGGACUGACAAGCCAGAGGAGCUCCUUUAUGUGAUAACCUCUCCACCCCAAUAUGGACAAAUAGAAUAUGUCAGCUACCCUGGCAUCCCCAUUACAAACUUCAGUCAAAUGGAUGUAGCACGACAGAUUGUCUGCUACGUUCACAGCACAAAGGCAGCUGUUCUUGAAGACACAUUCAGCCAUCAAAGAACGAGAGGAACUGACUUCCACUUCAAUCUUUCAGAAUUUUUGAGAGAAGGUUUAAGAUUCACCAUCAGCAAUGGACUGAGGACUAAGAAUGGGACAUUCAUAAUCUCCUUGGAGGCACUUGACCAAGCUUUGCCCACACUAUCUAGGAACAUGGGGUUAAAAACAAUGGAAGGUGCUAUGGCACUUCUCUCUCCUGAUGUCCUGCAGCUUUCAGACCCAGACACUGCCAAAGAAAACCUUACCUUCCUCUUGGCUCAGCUCCCCCAAUAUGGUCACCUCUAUUACCGUGGGGCUGUGCUACUGCAGUACAAUUUCACACAGCAAGAUGUGGACAACAGGGAUGUUGCAUACAAGCACCGAGGUGGGGAUUCCCAGAUGGACAGAUUUACAUUUGUUGCCACAGAUAGGACUAAUCAAGGCUUCAUCGUGAAUGGGAGAGUGCAGACCGAGCCAGUGGCAUUCACCAUUCAGGUGGAUCAUUUGGACAAAAUGGCACCAAAAAUUAUUCAUCUCCAUUGCUUUUCUGAUGUGGAACUGCUGAAUAAUGGCAAUUAUGGGAUCUAUAUUACUGCCAGGUCCCUGAAGGCAUCUGACCCCAAUACAGAAGAUGACAAAAUAAUUUUUAAGAUUUUGCAAGGUCCUCAUUAUGGCUACCUGGAAAAUACAACAACAGGUGGACUCAUUCGGGAAGGGUUUAGCCAAAAGGAUUUAAACAACAAAAUCAUACUUUAUGUCAUCAACCUGUCACAGGAACUGAAUUCAGACAACUUGGAGUUUCAAGUCAUGGAUGCCAGAGGAAACUCAGCAGGGCCCCAAAGAUUGGAGCUAAGGUGGUCUCGGAUUGAAAUGCAACAGACUGAAUAUGAAGUGUGUGAGAGCGUAGGAGUGGUGUCUCUGAAAAUCACCAGGGCAGGACACUCAGCAGAGUCUGCCUUUAUAACUGCGAAGGUCAAUGAAAUAUCUGCUAUGCUGGGAAAGGACUUUACAGUGACUCCCUCUAAGCUUGUUCAGUUUGAUCCAGGAAUGUCAACCAAGACGUGGAAUAUAGCAAUUACCUGUGACAGAUUAGAGGAAGAUGAUGAAGUCUUUGAAGUAGUUCUGAACUCCCCUGUGAAUGCUGUUCUUGGCACACGGACAAGAGCUGUAGUGAAAAUUUUGGACUCAAAAGGAGGUCAGUGCAGCUAUUCCCAUUCUUCUAGCCAGAGCAAGCAUGGCUUCUGGGGGAGAGGAACACUCUUUCCAGUUUCCAAAGGCUCCUCAUCACCUUCCAGGCCUGGCAGUUUUUCCCUGGAAGGGAUCCCACUGCCUCCUUCCAAAGGGAUGAGAGAGCAUGGAGGGGACCUGCGGCGGGAGCACAGCUUGGUGAAUCUGUCAAGGACCAGGCUGAGAGUGACUGGAAAUGGCAGAAUAGUUCAGCCUUCAUCUGUAUUUAAAAAUGGAACAGAUGUGGUUUUCAAAUAUCAUGGGAUGGUAUCACUCAAAAUAGAGGAUGACACCUCAUCAGCUAAAACCAACAAGAAGGCAAAACCACAGGUAAAUGUCAUCUCCUCUAGGAAGAUAGAAAUCCCACAGGCUGAUAAGGCAGAACUUGCAUCUGAACCAAGUUCAAGACAUAAGGACUUUUACUCUUUUCCGAAGGCCUGUACACCAGAUUUAAAGGGUCUCUUGCAUUAUGAAGAAAGCACUCAAAAGUUAUUUCAGUGUGAUGGGAUAACAUGGAAAUUCUGGAAUUCCCAAAGCAAGGAGGUAAGCAUGAAGAAAUGUCCUUCUGGAUGGAGUUAUCAUGAGGGCAGCUGCUACUUGCUGGUAGUGAAUCACAAGGUCACCUGGAACACUGCUGCUCGGGCUUGCAGAGAACAAUACCUGGGGAGUCUAGCAAGUGUGGCUAAUGAACAACACAUGCAGUGGCUGUGGGACUUCGGUGGGAGGAUGCCCUUUUGGAUAGGCUUGAAUGACCAAGUCAAUCCUGGACAUUGGGAGUGGAACGGAGGAGAACCUGUAACCUACAUAAACUGGAGAAGAGGCUCCAACCGCUUUCCAGUGAGAGGAAGAAAUUGUGUAUUUGUGCAGAAGCGAGGAAAAUGGCAAGCAACUGACUGCAAGAAUGUCAGACCAAACAGCUAUGUGUGUUCAAGAAAGUUGUAAGGAAUGGAGGAUGCCUGUGAAAGCAUAAAUGGACAUUCAUGCUGUUUCAGUGUGUUAUCUGCAGACAUGGGAGUGCAGUUAGAAAACUGUGCUGAUUAUCAGCAAGGUUUAUGUUAUAUGCUGCCAGAGGUGCAGAUGCACUGCCUCUAACCAAGGUAUAGAGGUCCAUUGCAAAGUUUAAGUCUAGAUUAAGUUUUGAAUUCUCCCCAAAGACAUUGAUGCAUCACUUACUCGUAUGUAUUUUUACACCAAAUAGCUAGGCCUCAAAGCUUUCAUUGCAUUUCUAUGUAAAAGUACUUUAAAAAAAAAAAAAGUAGCAAAUCAGUUGAUUUGCUUUGCUCUUAAGGAGGGGUUGUGAAUUGGCUGUUGCUUUAAUUUGUUUGCAAUAAAAACUGCAGUCUCAAAAGGAGGAAGACUGCUGGGGGUGAAAAUGGGGGCAGACUUUUGGCUAGAACCAGGUCCUCUUGGGUGAUAAGGGGAGUGACAUCAUGUAAGUACACAGGGCUUCUUUGGUUGAUGCCUUAGUGCAAUGUCUUACAAAAGUACCAAUGGCUGGAUUUAGUGACAGAGUACAACAGGAGCAAAGUUUUGGUUUUUUUUCCCUACCUCCCAAGGCCAGCUUUGGAUCCCUAUGGAUCUGUUCAUACAGAGUUGCAUAUUGUUUCAUAUUCCUAACCAAAAUUUUUCACUGUUUUUUUGAAUUGCAGGAUACUGGUGUAAUUUUUAGUGUAAUUAAAUAAUGGGACAUCUCUACAUCUAAUGUUAUAUCAAAAGAAUGAUUUAUUAAAAAAAUAUUGAAGCUUAAUCCUAGAAUAUUAUCUUGGGAUAUUCAGUGACACAUGAACAUCAAUAGGAUUUAUAUGUGUGUAUAAACCAAUGUAAUCAUGAGACAUAUUUUGUACUAAAGCAGCUAUGGCUUUUGAAAAGUAUUAAUCUAAGUCCUUAUUAGGGAUUUGAGGUUUAUAAAUAAUACUUAAAAAUCCAGAUUUAUUUCUGAGAAAGAGUUUAAAAUCAGCCGUUAAUAGGAAAAAAACCAGCUGGCCAUAAGUUAUUAUUUUAGAUACACGCAGUUGCAGUAUAACCAUUUUGUAACAUUGUAAUAAAUUUAUAUUUGACCUGUCAAAAGCUUGCUUUAGGACCUUCUUACUGCCGGCCUUAACAUUAAAAAAAAAAAA